GCCCGGCGGGGACCGGGGCCUCGGGCGGAGGGGGCCGCGGGGAGCGCACACAGUAGGCUGUCGUGCGUGCGCAACGCAGGGCCCCGGGAGGCUUUUCCCUCUGUCACUUGUGUGCCUCGCGGGCCGAAUUCGUUUGCGAUAACUCGGGGUCUGUUUCUUUAGGAAGGACAAGCGCACAGUUGUGCUGCAGGCGAAGCGCUGGGGAGAAAAAUGUCACCCACACCGUCGCCUCCCCUCAGCCUGGCGCUUAGUGGGGGCCCCUCCUCCAACGCGAGGAGGAGGAGGAGGACGAGGAGGAGGAGGAGGAGGAGGAGGAAACAGGCAUCCAUUGCCGAGGCGUUCUUUUGAGAUGGGAUGGGGGCCAUCGGGUGGAGAGGCACAGAGCUCAGCUGGGCGAGCCAGGCUUUAGUCCCAGUCUGGGGAAAUACCUGCCCUCGAGUCCCAGCUUUUGUGGUCCCGAAGCAGCCCUGGGCGGUUUGUGCAGUCAAGCUGGCUGGGAAAGGACCCUGCUUGGGCGCCGGGAAGGCGGUGCCUGUCUGGGACGCAAUGGAAGGUGAAUGGCCCCCAACUUGUAUUAUGUUUAUGUAGCCGGUUGCUGCUUAGUGACUCAGGGUUUGACUGUCGUUGGGGAUGAGUGCACCGAGGUUCCAGAACUGUCGUCAAGGAGCCCAAGUGUCCACGGUCAGGCCCGGUCUGCACCUACAAAGGACUGUGCUAAGUUGGUCCAUUGGGAUAAAGGGAUGAAAUUUUGGGAUUGAAUGAUGACGACCUUGACGAUGACUGUCAGAUACCAAACUUCCACAAAUGUGAAAUCUGUUUGCUGUCUUUCCCAAAAGAGUCCCAGUUUCAGCGUCACAUGAGGGAGCAUGAGCAAAAUGACAAGCCACACCGAUGUGACCAGUGCCCCCAGACAUUUAAUGUUGAGUUCAACCUGACACUUCAUAAAUGUACACACAAUGCAGAAGAUCCUGUCUGUCCUGUAUGCCACAAGAGGUUCUCCCGAGUGGCCAGUCUCAAAGCACACAUUAUGCUCCAUGAGAAGGAAGAGAACCUCAUUUGCUCUGAGUGUGGGGAUGAGUUCACACUGCACAGCCAGCUGGCCAUACACAUGGAGGAGCACCGGCAGGAGCUGGCAAACAACCGAGUCCAUACCUGCAAGGCCUGUAAGGAGGAGUUUGAGACGACGCCCGAGCUGAAGGAACACAUGAAGACUCACUGUAAAGUUAGGGCAUCAGGUCCAAGAUCUUAUAAUCGGAACAUUGACAGAAGCGGCUUCACAUACUCGUGUCCACACUGUGGAAAGACAUUUCAAAAGCCCAGUCAGUUAACGCGGCAUAUAAGGAUACAUACAGGUGAAAGGCCAUUCAAAUGCAGUGAAUGUGGAAAAGCUUUUAACCAGAAAGGGGCACUGCAGACCCACAUGAUCAAGCACACAGGAGAAAAGCCACAUGCCUGUGCCUUUUGUCCUGCAGCCUUUUCUCAGAAGGGGAACCUGCAGUCCCAUGUGCAGAGGGUCCACUCAGAGGUAAAAAAUGGGCCUACUUAUAAUUGUACAGAAUGUAGCUGCAUAUUUAAAAGUUUAGGUAGCUUAAAUACUCAUAUCAGCAAGAUGCAUAUGGGUGGACCCUCAAAUUCCACAAAUUCUACAGAGACUGCGCAUGUUAUAACGGCCACGAUCUUUCAGACUUUACCACUGCAGCAGGUGGAAGGCCAGGUGUCAUCAGUCUCUAGUCAGCAGAAUUCUCAGGCAGUGACUGAUGUCAUUCAGCAGCUUCUGGAACUGUCUGAGCCGGGGCCGGUGGAGGCACAGCAGUCCCCACAGUCUGGGCGGCAGCUGAGUGUGACAGUGGGCAUCAACCAGGACAUCCUCCAGCAAGCCUUAGAAAACAGUGGGCUGUCUUCACUUCCAGUUGCAGCACCUCCCAGCGACUGCAGCAAUGCCCAGACGUCCACAGUGUCUCCUCAGAGUCCACACGCCUCCAGUGUCUCCGCUGAGCAAGCUGAUGUCAUGGAUGCAGACCAGGAAAAGGGACAGGAAAGCCCCGAGAAGACGGAGAAGAAAGAGAAGAAGAUUAUGAAGAAGAAAUCACCAUUUCUACCUGGCUCCAUCCGUGAGGAGAACGGGGUACGGUGGCAUGUGUGUCCCUACUGCACAAAGGAAUUCCGGAAGCCCAGUGACCUUGUGCGACACAUCCGCAUUCACACCCACGAGAAGCCCUUCAAGUGUCCACAGUGUUUCCGGGCUUUUGCUGUGAAGAGCACACUGACUGCCCACAUCAAAACUCACACUGGCAUCAAGGCCUUCAAGUGCCAGUACUGCAUGAAGAGCUUUUCCACCUCAGGGAGCCUCAAGGUGCACAUCCGCCUCCACACAGGAGUUAGGCCUUUUGCUUGUCCUCACUGUGAUAAAAAAUUCCGAACCUCAGGCCAUAGGAAGACUCACAUAGCUUCCCACUUUAAACACACGGAACUGAGGAAGAUGAGGCACCAGCGCAAACCUGCGAAGGUUCGAGUUGGCAAGACCAGUGCUCCUGUCCCCGACAUCCCUUUGCAGGAGCCAAUUCUUAUAACUGAUUUAGGUCUUAUCCAACCCAUUCCAAAAAACCAAUUUUUCCAAAAUUAUUUUAAUAAUAAUUUUGGCAACGAAGCAGAUAGACCCUACAAAUGUUUUUACUGUCAUCGAGCAUACAAAAAGUCUUGCCAUCUUAAACAGCACAUCAGAUCACAUACGGGUGAAAAACCUUUCAAAUGUUCUCAGUGUGACAGAGGCUUCGUCUCUGCAGGAGUACUCAAAGCCCAUGUUCGGACGCACACUGGACUGAAGUCCUUCAAGUGUCUGAUCUGCAAUGGAGCCUUCACCACAGGGGGCAGCUUACGAAGACACAUGGGCAUACACAACGACCUCCGCCCCUACAUGUGUCCUUAUUGCCAGAAGACAUUUAAGACUUCACUAAACUGCAAAAAACACAUGAAAACCCAUAGAUAUGAACUAGCCCAGCAGCUUCAGCAACAUCAGGAGGCUUCCUCUAUGGAUGACAGCACUGUGGACCAGCAAGGCAUGCAAGUGUCAGCUUCCAUGCCUGUGGAGAUUGAAAGUGCAGAACUGCAGCAGACCCCAGACACCGUGGCAGCAGACCCCGAGGCUAUACUGGAGCUGGGGCCACAACAUGUGGUAGGCACGGAAGAUGAGGAACUCGGACAGCAGUUGGCAGAUCAGCCUUUGGAAGCCGACGAAGAUGGGUUUACAGCUCCUCAAGACCCUCUCCCAGGACACAUGGACCAGUUUGAAGAACAGACUACUCCACAGCAGUCUUUUGAGUCUGCAGGACUUUCACAAGGUUUCACGGUGACUGACACGUACAGUCAGCAGGCUCCGUUCCCACCUGUGCAGCAGCUGCAGGAUUCCAGCACACUUGAGUCCCAGGCCUUGUCGACGAGUUUCCACCAGCAAAACUUACUGCAGGUCCCCAGCUCUGAUGCCAUUAAUGUGGCAACUCGUUUGCUUCCAGAGUCAUCUCAAGAGGAUCUAGACCUACAAACACAGCGUGCACAAUUCCUGGAGGACAGCGAGGACCAGGGCAGGCGCUCUUACAGAUGUGACUAUUGCAACAAAGGCUUCAAGAAGUCCAGCCACUUGAAGCAGCAUGUGCGCUCACACACGGGGGAGAAACCUUACAAGUGCAAACUCUGUGGGCGUGGUUUUGUCUCCUCUGGCGUCCUCAAGUCUCAUGAGAAGACACACACAGGGGUCAAGGCAUUCAGCUGCAGCAUCUGCAAUGCGUCCUUCACCACCAAUGGCAGCCUCACGCGGCACAUGGCCACACACAUGAGCCUGAAGCCUUACAAGUGUCCGUUCUGUGAAGAGGGCUUUCGCACAGCGAUUCACUGUAAGAAGCACAUGAAGAGACACCAGGCAGUUGCAGCUACAACCUCAGCAGCUGCAGAUGCAGAGGGAGGAGACACGUGUGUGGAGGAAGAAGAAGAAAAUUCUGACAGAAGUGCAUCAAGAAAGCCUCGUCCUGAGGUGAUCACUUUCACAGAAGAAGAGACAGCCCAGCUGGCCAAAAUUCAGCCUCAGGAGAGUGCUACAGUGUCCGAGAAGGUCCUGGUGCAGUCAGCUGCAGAGAAGGACCGCAUCAGUGAGGUGAAGGACAAGCAAGCAGAGCUGGAGGCGGAGCCCAAGCACGCCAACUGCUGCACGUACUGUCCCAAGAGCUUCAAGAAGCCCAGCGAUCUGGUGAGGCACGUUAGAAUCCAUACUGGAGAAAAGCCAUAUAAGUGUGAUGAGUGUGGAAAAAGCUUUACUGUGAAGUCCACGCUAGACUGCCAUGUGAAGACUCACACCGGCCAGAAGCUGUUCAGCUGUCAUGUCUGCAGCAACGCCUUCUCCACAAAGGGAAGUCUGAAGGUGCACAUGCGCCUGCACACAGGGGCGAAGCCUUUCAAGUGUCCUCACUGUGAGCUGCGCUUCCGCACUUCUGGACGAAGGAAGACUCACAUGCAGUUUCAUUACAAAUCAGACUCGAAGAAAGCCAGGAAGCCUGUGGCUCAGAGCUCCUCAGACAGUCUCCAGUCUGUGAGCCUCCUCAGCUCCUCUUCCAAUGACCCCAAUGUGUUCAUUAUGAACAACUCAGUUCUAACAGGGCAGUUUGAGCAGAACAUGCUGCAGCAAGGGCUGGUGGGUCAGGCUAUCCUUCCCGCCUCAGUGUCAGCUGGUGGCGACUUGACAGUGUCUCUGACUGAUGGGAGUUUGGCCACCUUGGAAGGGAUCCAGUUACAGCUGGCUGCUAAUUUGGUUGGACCAAAUGUUCAGAUUUCUGGAAUCGAUACCUCCAGCAUCAACAAUAUCACACUGCAGAUUGACCCGAGCAUUCUGCAGCAAACACUCCAACAGGGCAACCUGCUUGCUCAGCCAGUCACAGGGGAGCCUGGCACAGGCUCACAGAGCAACUCUCUUCAGACAUCAGAUAGCACUGUCCCAGCCAGUGUUGUCAUCCAGCCCAUCUCAGGCCUAUCCUUACAGCCCACAGUGACAUCUGCCAAUCUGACCAUUGGCCCGCUCUCAGAACAGGACUCUGUGCUGACCACCAGCGGCAGUGCAGGGACACAGGACCUCACUCAGGUGAUGACUUCACAAGGCCUUGUGUCCACUUCGACGGGCCCCCACGAGAUCACCCUGACCAUCAACAACUCAAGUCUCAGCCAGGUCCUUGCGCAGGCUGCUGGCCCCACCUCCACAUCAUCCUCAGGCUCUCCACAGGAGAUCACGCUGACAAUCUCUGAACUUAAUCCUACAAGUGGGAGCAUUCCUUCAACAACACCAAUGUCCCCAUCAUCCAUUUCAACCCAGAACCUGGUCAUGUCUUCGUCCGGUGUGGGUGGUGAUGCCAGUGUCACCCUGACCCUGGCUGAUACUCAGGGCAUGCUGUCUGGAGGUCUGGACACAGUUACAUUGAACAUCACCUCUCAGGGCCAGCAAUUCCCAGCGUUGCUCACGGAUCCCUCUCUCUCAGGCCAAGGUGGAGCCGGCUCACCACAAGUCAUAUUAGUGAGCCACACUCCUCAGUCCUCAUCUACUGCUGAAGAAAUUGCUUACCAGGUGACUGACGUCUCUGCCCAGCUGACCCCUAAUAGCCAGCCUGAGAAGGAGGGCCCUUUACAUCAGUGCCUGGACUGUGAGCGUGCCUUCUCGUCAGCCGCCGUGCUCAUGCACCACAGCAAGGAGGUGCACGGGAAGGAGCGUAUCCAUGGCUGCCGUGUCUGCAGGAAAGCCUUCAAGCGCGCCACACACCUCAAGGAGCACAUGCUGACACACCAGGCUGGCCCCUCACUCAGCUCUCAGAAGCCCAGGGUAUUCAAAUGUGACACCUGUGAAAAGGCCUUUGCCAAACCAAGCCAGCUGGAGCGACACAGCCGCAUUCACACAGGGGAGCGGCCAUUCCACUGCACUCUGUGUGAGAAAGCCUUCAACCAGAAGAGCGCGCUGCAGGUACACAUGAAGAAGCACACAGGCGAGCGGCCCUACAGGUGUGACUACUGUGUCAUGGGCUUCACACAGAAAAGCAACAUGAAAUUGCACAUGAAGCGAGCUCACAGCUUUGUGGGAACCUUGCAGGCAGCCGCUGUGGUCCAGGAACAGGACGGGGAAGAGCUAAGGACCCUCCAUUUAGAGGAGGUGGUGCAGGAGGCGGCGGGCGAAUGGCAGACCCUAACCAAUGUGUUCUGAUGCCAUGGAACAAGGCUAAGAGCAUCCAUGAAGCUAUGUUUGUGAAGAUUAGAUCGCUCAGAGUUUCUGUUUUAAAACUUCAAGUGUUAAAAAUCUACCACAGUAGUUUUUUUAGCUAAAGUUAUUUGAAGAAUCAUUGUCAUUCAGAGACUAACAGGAAACAACUGGGAAAUGUACAAAUGCACUGUUUUCAUUUGUCUACAAAUCACAGAACCUGGGCACUACCACGGUCACUGUUACCUUCUUAUGGCCGGUGUCUGUCCUUAGCGGAUGACCUGGAUCUGAGUAUCAUUGCAGUGAGGUUUGUGUUAGCAAAAGACAAUAUGGCAAAACACACGUGUGGUAGUGCGUGAAGUUCAGAAGCGGUGCCAUCACACAUGGAUGCUUUUCCACUUUUUACUCCGCGUUUUGCUAAUUAGUAACAGCUCUUUUUGGCUCACUCUUACGUUAAUGUAACUGAUGCCUUGAGAGAUGGCUGGACCAGUUCUCUCUCCAUCACAGAUCCCUAAUCCCUAGUUAGAAGAACACAAGAUCUGGCGACAGCAGGGCCACGGAGAAAAUCUGACCCGCAGGCGAGGACCAGCUGCUCACAUGGAUGUCCACACGCUUGCUGCAUGAAUCUGUCCAGUCACCUGGUAUUAGAUCACCGCAGAAGCACAAGCCAUACCCUGUGAGCAGGAAUUGACAGAGUUGUCUCUUAAGGGACAGGAAGCUGUUCCUAUCCACCUCAGUAAAUUUAUCUGUAUUUUAAGGCUAAGGACCCACAAAACUCCUGCGACUUUUCUCCUCAUGCAUACGGAGGUGUGUUUUCAUUUCAGGGAAUCCUUUUAGUGACAUCAGCAGUGCCACACGAGACACAUCCCAAACCAAAUCCCCCUGCACUGGCUGAGCAGUGCGUGCGUGCGUGCGCCUCAGCAUUCCAAAGACAGUAGGUUCCCACUUCAUAUCAAUUCCCUUGAAACUAUUUAUAUGUUCUAUAUGUGAAUACCUGUGUACAUAGACAGAUAUAUGGGCCUCCGUGUGGCUGAGAAGUAUAUUUUGUAAAUAGAAGCACUAGUCCUCAUCACAGAGCGCAUCUGAGGCCAUCCCUGGUGCACUGCAGACCGGUGUCGUGUUCACUCUGUUAAUAAAUGGAUAUCUUUUUCAUUGUAACAUAAAGCUGGGCUCUAUUUUUUUUCUGAAAAAAAAAUUGCCUUUAUUUUCUCUCAUUGCCUCCUUUGUUCCCGAAGAGAGCAGUUUUAUUAUAAAUAUUAUGUGGACUUGUUCACUAAGAGUCCUGGAGAGAGACAUUUCACUGUUAUUUUAAAAGGGCAUCUUUUGAUUCUGUUCAUUUUGUCAUCUGUAUAUAAGUAAUAUUGACAGUGACAUAAAAACUUUUGUUAUGUGAAAAUAUUUAAGUCAGAGAACUGUUAAAUAUUAUUACUUUUUUUCAAACUGAUUUGUGUAUUGUAUAUUUUUUUAAGAAGAAAAAAGCCUUACUUGACUUUUCUUGUGAUACUGGACUUAAAGACGCCAAGGCUCCCUGAAUGUCAGUGUGUACACCCGGCCGAGGUCGUGUUUUCAGAGUAAUUGUAACUGUGCGAGAGUUCUAAAGUCUCUGCUAUUAAUGCACUUUUCUUUAAUUUUUUUAUUAAAGUAUUUUAGAAAUAUUAAUUUUAGUGAACAAAAAUCCCCCAAAUUGAAAUUAUUGCAUUUAAACGUUUUUGUUCUUGCUGGGUUAUUUAUUUUCCUUUCAGCAUUAAAUGUCAUCUCAGGACAUCUGUAAAGAGGUUGGCUAUUUCCCGAUGGUGUCGUGAACGCAGGUGCUGACUGUGGCAGUCAGUGACCUACAGAAGUCAAACUUUUCUGUGUGACUCCUAAGAAAAGAAAAUCUGCCAGUAAUUCUCAGUUUACUAGCGAACAAGCAUGACAUGUAUGCAUUAUGAUUUAUGUCCUUAUCAUCAAAGCUGCUUCUUUGCCAACAUUCCUUGAAAAUAACCAGGUUUCAAGAAGAUAGCUCACUUGAGUACUGUGGUUUACAGGUUGAUCUCUGUAUUUAAUGUUUGAAGUACUAUUUUAGGAAAGUGGUUUCUAGCCUCAUGUAUAACCAGGGUUUGGAGGAUAGAGAACUGUAUUUUUUAGAACUCUCUAUAUAACAUAUCUGUUUUAAAAUAACUAAAUGCAAAAUGACGUUAGGAAAUGUGAUGUACGUGUUUUGCUUUGUUUUGUUUUUAAAUCAUGUUUCAGAAUCACUAGUUGGGUGGGAAAUAAAUUUCAGGUAUUUUUAGCAGGAAAAAAAAAAAAACUGUAAUGAUAUUUCUUUUACCUGUGUGAAGUCCAGAGAAUGGAAAUCCUCUCAGUGUCUCCCUGAAGCACACAUUACGUCGAGCUGACAGUCGGAUAUGGCCCUUGAGAGCAAAUCCUGUGUCUGGCGCAGUCCUGGGGGUGCCACUUGCUCCUUCAGUACUGUGGAGCCUUUUGGUCCCUGAAGGAGGCUCCUGGUUGGUAGAACAGCUAGGCAUAUCCUUGAAAGCACAGCCAAGGAGGCUGAGGCAGCAGGAGAAUCCAGCAUGGACAGACCUUUCAGAAGGGCCUAGAUCAAAGCCAAUAUGUGGUGUGAAUGGAAGUGUGUCUCACACCCAGCAAGCUUCCCUGCAGUCCUCAGAGCACUGGGUGCUUGUGUAGCAGUGAGAAGAAAUCAGGGAGGGCCAGAGAGGCUCCUCAGAAAUUACAGUGGGCAGCCUGCACCAGAAAAAUGUGCGCUUGUUUGUAUGCCCUCCACACCAUUUUUUAAAAGAAUUCUCAUGAGCACCAGUGAGUUGAGCAUAUCUGUGUAGCCCAGAUUUUAGAGAGUAGAUAUCAUCCUUUCUGUGCGCUCUGUCUUGAUAAGUGUCAUUCACUCACUGACACUCACUUUCCUACCUAAAGGGCACCACACAGAUGUCUGUAAGUAGCAUUGUAUAUGGAAGUGCAUAUCUGUAGGCCUACUUUUGGGUUCUGUGUAAGGGAUAUCUCAUGCCUCCUUACAUAAGGGUUUUCUCCAUAGCCUAUUUCAAAAUCCACACUUUGCCCUUCCCCCAGCUCCCACCAACAGUGACCCCAGGGCCUGGUGCUACUGAGUAGUGAGCCUUAUACACGGUGAGAUUGGUCCAUAGUCCAUUCUUCUUCUGCACUUGGUUUAUGUUCAUGGCAUGUGGGUAAAAUUCAUGUAAUUUAGAGGAAAUGAGCUGUGGCUGCAAACACUUGUAAUCUCAACACUUGAGAAAUGAGGCAGGAAGAUCAGAACCUCAAAGUCAGUCUCUAUUACAUAGCAAGUUCCAGGCCAGCCUGGGCUACUUGAGACCCUGUUUCAAUGAAACAAAAUCAAAAAGCAAGUAAAAUUUCAAAAUAGCUACCCACAAUAGCCCAAUUUAGUGUCAACUGAUUUGGUUGUUUUUUGUCCUUUUUUUUUUUUUUUUUUUUUUUUUUUUUUUUUUUUUUACCUUAUUCUAGUGAAACAACUGGAAAUCUGUUGUUUGCUGUCUAAACAGGUUGUUUGCCCUCCUUGCUGUCUAAAAAUUAGAGCCGUGUAAUUCGUGGGAAGCUGGAUGCCUGCACCGCACGCCCUGGAAGUGUGAUGGUUGGCACUGCUGCCUCUGGCUGACCUCUUCCCAGGCACCCUCAUGGUUAGGCAGAUACAUUUUGUAUGGACUAAAUGGUAUAGAUUUGUUAGUGUGUCAGGGGCAAUAGGCAGUAAUUAAAAAAAAAUUGUGCUAUUUAAUCUUUUCUAUGUGUGACAUGGCAUGAAGAUUUUUGUAUUGAAUCAAGAUUUGUAUAUUUGACAAGUUCUAAAAUGCCAUAGUGAUUGUUCUUCAGCCACCACUAAGAAAAUUCAAAGUUAAUUUUUUAAUUUACAGAAAAAUUCUCUUUUUAUCUUCAGAAUUGUCUCAUGGUCUAUUUAUACAUUGGAUGAUAUUUAUUUAAUCCAGUUUUGUAUUAGAAAUGGAUAGUUAUGCCAAAAGCCACUGUGUUGGCUUUUAAAAACAAUAAAAAUAGUUUUUGUAUUA